AUGGGGAACAUGGCAUUUCAGGGACACAUGAGCUAUGCACCUGAAAGGGUUACUCACAAUGGUAUGCAAGAGUAUUCAGAGAUGUGCACAGGUGCAGUUGUGGCCUCCAUGAUACUUGCAUCUGAUAAGAUCCAACUGUCAGUUUUUGGCAAUGACAAGAUGGCAUGCAACAUUGAUAAAGUGACACGUCAUCAGCCAUUAGCACACGCAACAACAUUAUUAGGCUACAUAUCAGUUCCCAAGCUCAAGUGCUUCGAGGAGAAGACCAGGUCGAAUGUGCAAUACCAGCUGUUUCACCACUGCAUGUCAAAGGCAGGACAGCAAGGCAUGCAGAUGUUGUGUGCAGAUGGUCACAUCCACGUUGUUUUUCUGAUACUUGCAGCCUACAUUGCAAACUACCCCGAGCAGUGUUUGAUUGUCUGCUGCAAGGAAAACCACUGUCCAUGCUGCAUUGUUGAUCCUAAAGCACGGGGUGAGCCAUGUGCAUCCACUCCCCGAAGCUAUGGAGACGAAGAUCAGUGUGUCGAAACUGAAGGUUUACGGCCAGUCUACUCACUGUUCUGGGCUGAUCUUCCACAUACUAACAUUUUCGCAUAUUUCUUGUCUGAUAUCCUCCAUCAACUGCACAAGGGGAUAUUCAAAGACCAUUUUGUCACCUGGUGUACCGCAUUACUAGGGAAAAAAGACCUUGACCAUUGUUUUCAGGCAAUGUCAGAACAUGCACACUUAUGCUAUUUCAAAGAUGGCAUCUCGGGUGUGUCACAAUGGACUGAGAAGGAGCAGAAGAAAAUGCAGAAGGUCUUCAUGGAACUACUCACAGACGCAAUUGACAAAUGUACAGUACAUGUGUUGCAUUCUGAACUGAGCCUCACUCACAUGAAACAAGAUGCCUUCAUAGAAGCGGACAUACAAAAACAUUUUAACAUACCAAAACUUCAUGUGUUGGUGCACUAUAUUGAUGCAAUUCACUCUCUGGGGACCCUGGAUGGAUUUAACACUGAGACAUCAGAAUGCCUUCACAUCGACUAUGCAAAGAAAGCCUACCAAGUGACCAAUCGAAAGGAAUAUAUCUCGCAAAUGACAACAUGGCUCCAGCGACAGGAGGCUCUAGUGCGGCAGGAUGCAUAUCUGCACUGGGUUGACAAGGUGAAGAAUGAUCUAGACGUUAUUGAAAAGAGCGAAUACCAUGAUGCUGAGGAUGAUGACGAGGAAGACGACAAUGUGCAAGCAGCUGAAGACGCUGAGGAAGGAUAUCGUGCACUGUGUCAGCUGAUGAACUCUAACAUCAAGUGCACCUACCAGCUGCCCAAGCAACUGAUAUUCUGUUGGGUAUCUGUCGAUGACAUCUCAACUCAUUUCGAAGCUGGCCAUCGCAAGCCUAUUCCUGCACACUUUGAUACUGUGCUCAUAGUCCUUGACCGGGAAACGUACCAUGAAUGUGAAGGCCUACAGGCUGCACAAGUAUGCCUGAUUUUCAGCGUACCUCAGCACUUGGCAUGCACCAAUGAUGUGCUCGCAUACAUUUAUUGGUUCAGACCUUUUCGGGCAAAGCAUGCGGAGUCAGGAUACUAUGUAACUGAACAUUCGACUGGUAUCAUAAAUGUGAAUAGUAUCUCAAGAUCAUGCCACCUUAUCCCAGAAUUCAGAGAUGGCCCUGUAGAUCCUGCAUGGACACCGUCAGACAUGCUUAGCAGACAUGUUCAAUUUCAUCUUAACUCACAUAUUGACUUCUUUAUGUUCGAACUUUGCGAGGGGAUGGUGGGAUCAAGAUAG